CUCACAGCCUCCGGGUUUUUCUGUGGUUGGCCUCAGGAAAGGGAGCGGCAGCAGCAGCGGCGGCGGCGGCGGCGGCAGCAGCCUCUCGACAAACACUACUCUCUGUGAACGUGAUUCCUUGGUAUUCACGAACCACCAGUGGCGCUCUUUUCCCGCAGGAAGUGUCCACGGUCUUCCAUUUACGAAUACCUGCCAGUUCCACGUAUGUCAAACAGGAUUUGAGCUCCCAAACACGGAAGGAUAACAACCAAUUUUUUUUUUCCCCCCUGUGGGAAUACUGUCCGAGGGGAGGGGCCCGAAUUCCCGUGAAAUGCUACCGCCGUUUCGCUGCUGCUCUCCGCGCUGGGGUUCGGGAGUUGUCCGGCUGGUGGCACACUCAAGCUACUACUGACCAAACGAAGACAGGCACUAUUAUCUCCCGUGGAUAAAAAAAAACAAAAAAACACACACCACCAUGCCGGGUUCCGACGGAGAGACGUGAAAAAGCCCCACGGUCACUGAAUUGACACGGCUGACGACGUGUUGCAAUUAAAAGAGAACCGAGCUGUCACUCUCUCCAGCGGUUUCAUACAACAACCGUGUCGUUAAUUGCGCUCGGAGACUGCAUGACACCGAGAGGCACCGAGGCUCCGGGAGUCCAUUCAUCCAGCCUGCUGUGGUAAUGACGUCUGUGUGUUCGCUUGUUUUAAUUUAGUCGGUGAGACGUUCAUGAACACAUCCUCCUCCACCACCACCACCACCACCACCCGGAGUCAGUGUCGGGGAGAGCGACGCUGAGGCGACUCGGCAGUGGGAAGGAUAUGGGAAAGCGAGUGGAACCGAUGCAGUGGGUCUUGUUGUCAAGACAUCGUCAAAAUACAGGGCAGUGAUGCCUGGCAUGGUGAUGUUUCGGCGGCGCUGGUCAGUUGGCAGUGAUGACCUGGUGCUGCCCGCCCUUUUCCUUUUUAUAUUACACUGCAUCUGGUUGGUGGUUCUCUCCGUGGUUCUCUUCGGUCUCCCUUAUGGCUCAGACCAGUCUUGUUCCAUUACACUGGUGGACCAUGGCAGAGGCUACCUGGGCAUCCUGGUCAGCUGCCUGAUCUGUGAGAGCGCCAUCAUGUGGUUGAGCAUGAGAGGCAGCAUUUUGUACACACAGCCCAGGGAGGCUGUACAGUACGUCAUCUACAUACGACUAGCUAUUCUGUUAGUCGAGUUGGUAUACGCUGUGGUAGGAAUUGCCUGGCUUGUCCAAUAUUACCAGCCGUGCUCUGAUGUCACAGCCAAAAACCUGGCUUUGGGAAUCGUUGCAUGCAACUGGCUCGUGAUACUCAGCGUUUGCAUCACCCUCAUGUGCACAUUUGAUCCCACGGGUCGGACGUUUGUGAAACUGAAAGCCACCCGUCGGCGUCAGCGAAACCUCACAACGUACACACUCAGACACAGGCUAGAGGAGGGCCAAGCCAGCAGUUGGAGCAGGAGACUCAAGUUCUUCAUGUGUUGCACAAGAGCCCAGGAUACACAAUCAGAUGCGUAUUCAGAAGUGGCCAGCCUUUUUGCAGAGUUCUUCAGAGACUUGGACAUUGUGCCUAGUGACAUUAUUGCUGGCCUGGUUCUUCUCCGCCAGAGGCAGCGGUCGAAGAGAUCUGCUAUCCUGGACCAGGCCAACAAUGACAUUUUAGCCUUCUUAUCUGGAAUGCCUGUAACACGUAAUACAAGAUACCUGGACCUUAAAAAUUCGGCUGAGAUGAACAUGUACAAGGACGUGUGCUACUACAUGCUUUUUGCCCUGGCUGCAUAUGGCUGGCCCAUGUACCUGAUGAGGAAACCUGCCUGUGGGCUGUGCCGCCUCGCCAGCUCCUGCCCAUGUACAUCAAUGUCCAGCUCUCGGUUGUCUCAGUCCGUGACAGUGGAGGAGGACAACUGUUGUGGCUGUAAUGUCCUGGCCAUACGCAGGCACUUCCUGGAUCGGGACCUCAAGCAGGUUCACAUUGUCUACACAUCCUGCCAUGAUGCAGUCUACGAGACUCCGUUUUUUGUGGCAGUGGAUCACGGGAAAAAGAAGGUUGUCAUCAGCAUCAGAGGCACCCUAUCACCAAAGGACGCCUUGACUGAUCUCACUGGGGAUUCUGAACGUUUGCCUGUAGAGGAACAGCAAGGCACCUGGCUUGGCCACAAGGGGAUGGUUUACUCGGCAGAAUACAUCAAGAAGAAGCUGGAGCAGGAAAUGAUCUUGUCACAAGCCUUCGGCAGAGACCUGAGCAAAGGCACGAUGCAUUAUGGGCUGGUGAUAGUCGGGCACUCUCUCGGUGCAGGCACUGCUGCUAUCCUCUCCUUCCUGCUGAGACCCCAGUACCCCACGCUUCACUGCUACUCUUACUCCCCACCUGGUGGCCUUCUAAGUGAGGAUGCCAUGGAAUACUCCAAAGAAUUUGUAACAUCUGUGGUAUUAGGAAAAGACCUGGUGCCAAGGCUCGGCCUCUCGCAACUGGAGGGUUUCCGACGCCAUCUUCUGGAAGUCUUGCAGAGGAGUAAGAAGCCAAAGUGGAGGAUCAUCGCGGGAGGCACCAAAUGCAUCCCAAAAUCGGAGCUUCCGGUCGAGGUCGAAGAUCCUCAGGCUCAGCCCGCGGCACCUGCCAACAGUUGUCUGUGGCUCCACCCCAGUGACCUCAGCAUCGCCCUUUCAGCCUCCACCCCCCUCUACCCUCCUGGCAGAGUCAUCCAUGUGGUGCACAACCAUCCUCCGGAGACAUGCUGUGGCCAAGAGGAUCCAACCUACUCGGCUCUGUGGGGGGACAACAAGGCCUUCAAUGAGGUCAUCAUAUCACCCGCCAUGCUUAACGAGCACAUGCCCCACAUGGUGAUGGAGGGACUGAACAAGGUGCUGGAGAACUACAACAAAGGGAAAACGGCUCUGCUGUCGGCGGCUAAGAUCAUGGUGAGCCCCACAGAAGUCGACCUGAACCCAGAGAGCCUUUUCAUGGACGCGGCGGCAAACUCUCAGCAGCCGACGCCUACAACCCACCACCGCAGGAACAGUAGUGUUCGACAAAAAACAAUGUUACGCUCGUGUGCCCAGUCUGAAAUAUCCCUGGACGGGUUCUCGGAGUGCCCGCCUCCUCCGGUGCCCGUGGUCCUGCGCGGAGCCCGGGAGAGGCUCACGGUGGAGCUGCGGGACCGCAAAGCACCGCUGGCUGUCAUGGAGAGCCUCUCGGACGCCGAAUCCCUCUACAGCCUCGAUUCCCGACGCUCCUCUGCUGCACUAAGGGGCUCGCCUCUGCUGGGUACCCUCUCAUUCCCUUUGGAUGCCCCGAUCCCGGAGGAGAACCCGUCUCUGAGCUCGCGCACUGAACUACUAGCUGCCGACUCCCUCUGCCAGGCAACGCCGGAGCAUCUGGGAGAGGUGGGGCCGUUCUUUACGCCACUGGAGUCCGCGUCCACGCCGGACUACCCCAUGCGGCUGUCUCCCGCCACGCCUCGCUACAGCGGACACCAUUCCCCCGCUCUGCUGAACCAGAGCGUUUUGGCUCAGCCUUUCAAUCCAGAGGUGAACGCCAACGCCAACGUAGACCACCAACAGAUUCCUGGUGUCUACAGCCCGGGAACCACUCCCAUCGCCCCCCUCAGCCCUCGCAUCGAUUCUAGAGAAAGAGAGCAGGACGAUUGGGAGUUGGAGACGGAAAUGAAACAAUUAAGUGCAGAGACCAAACCGGCAUCUUCCACUCCUCCACCCCAACUGUCCAACGGAAACCCCAGCCAGGCAGUGCUGGAGUUUGCCCAGUACUUAGACUCUCUAUUCAGACUGGACGGCAGCAGCUCGCCACCUAUGGAGCUGUCCGACGGGGAGUCCGAGUCGGGCCGGGGCUCCUUUGGACAGGGUGAGUGUCUCCGGGACGGACAGGCGCUGGAAGACAAACAGCUUCUGGCGCGAGCAACACUGGAACCCAACCUCGUCCCCAAACCUCCACGCACUUUCGCCGGAUCCGCCGACCCCUCUUCGGGCAUCUCCCUGUCGCCCUCCUUCCCGCUGUCGUCGUCGGAGGAGCUCAACGACUUUUCCCCCGGCGAGGCCGCGCCGGCGGCCAUGCACUCCCUACGGACACCUCCCCCUUAUCACUGCCCUGAAGAGAACACGCUAUCGUCUAUGGUGUAGCGCGGUCAUCCAAACUCUUCAAAACAUAUCACAGUUACGUGCAUGCAGUGGAAUGCAGUCACUUAUCCGAGCUCCAGUGACCAGAACUUGACUUUAUCGAACCCACAGAACUAUUUCCAUUCUUCAGGUGUUUCCCCCCCCCUUUUGAAGGCUGUUUAUAGCAUUUUCACACUAUUGCAAUGUCUAAGAAGAAGAAGAAGAAGAAAACAUACCUCUCUCUGCAUGCCAGGGGGCUGUGCUGCUUUUGGAUGAAUAUAAAUAACUGUAGCUUCAACAAUGCCAUUCCAAAACAAUGUUGUCUCGACAUCAAAUUUCCCUGACUUAACACGAUCAAAGGGGAGUCUAAUUAAAUGAGCAGGGAUUCAGAAACUAACACUGUAGUAUGGGGGGGUCAGUGGAUUUUAAUUUUUUUUUCUUUUUUUGGAAAUCAGGAAUGUGAAAAAGGACAUUGUCAAUAAACGAGAGGUGAGAAGACGCGAGCGGAGAAUGUUCCUCAGGUCUGUAAAGAGUUUUACAGUUUGGGCGAGUGCGUGUGUGACGUUGGUGAGAAUUCAUGUGUCUUAAAGAUAAAAAAAAAAAUAAUAAUAAUAAUAAUAAUAUAGUGAUUGUGACAGUUAUUUCAGACGCCUAUGGAUGUUUUUGAGUCUUUUGGUUCUAGUGCAUGAAGAGUUUUUUUUCCAGAGAGAAAUGGUCACUAAGCCACUUAGAUUGACUUUUAAGAACUCUUGCAUCAUCAUCAUCAUCAUCAUGUCGCUGAAUUUAUCCCCCUUUUGCCAAAAAAAGAAUUAUACAUUGUAUUGCCAAAUGUAUUUAUGAGAUGUGAUUUUUGUAUAUGUAUAUGAAUAUUGCUUGAUUUAAUCACAAGCUCCUCCCACAGCCACACACCAUGUCGACUGUUACAAAGCAACACCGCAGAAGAGAGAUGUCACCCGGACGCGAACACUGACACUGACACUGACACUGCCAUGGCUUUAAACCUCCAAACACACGAUCGAAACCAUGAAUUGAACGUGUUCUUCAUUAACUACUGUAUCUUUUAAUCUUCGGGGGAACUCUAAGCAAACGUAGCAUGGUCGUUAGGUUCCAGCCAAUAAGCUUCUGAACAUCAACUCUUGUCUGUGUGUUUAUGAAAGGCCCCGGCUCGGCAGACGGGUCCCCGGAUCUCGUUUCUCUUUCUCCCAGGGUGCUUUGCAGCCAUUUUGGAUCUGACGGGUGUUUGCUUCCCUUUAAUCUCCCUCAUCUCAAACGUCGCCGAGGUUGGACUGAAUACAAUAAAGCUGACUCUCUCACGUCAUUUAACUCUAAACACUUGGGAUACAAUCUUCCAUAUCACUCUGGGUGUAACAGGUGGCUCACGGUUUGCAUUAUUUAUUAUCGUUCCUGUUUAGAUCACUUUUAUUGCUGUUUUUGAUGGUAUUAUUAUCCCUAAUUGCGCUUUCAGCGGAUUGGUUUGAUGUCAGUGGAUUUUUUAUCUCAGUUUUUUUGGGGGUGGGGAACUUUUUUCUUUUUUUUGUUUUUUUUAAGACUUUCCCAAAUGUAUGGAGUUCUGUAUUUCAGCUUUUUUUCUGUCCAAGUGGAAACAGUAUGUGACAUUCUGCCAGGGCAUCUUUUCUGUUGUUGUUGUUGUUUUCCAAUUCUUUCACAGCCACACUCACUUUAGGUGCAGCCCAACCAUCAAAUGUGCAGUCAGCAUACUGAUCUGCACAGUAUUUAUUCGCUGCGGUCGCUCACAGCAGUCGUUUCCAGCCAUUUUUUUUUGUUUUUGCCGUCUGACUCGACACAAACCAUGCGGCCAGUGCCACUAAGUCUCUCACCAGAUACACUUAAGGUCGGGGGCCAGCGGUUUCCUACGUCCAGUGGCUUUGCUGGAAGCCGGUCCGACACGAGAAAAAAAACGCCGCUGACAGAAAGCACUGUAAUACUUUCCACCGUGAUGUGUAUAGCACCAUCUUCUAUGUGUAAUUAUUUAUGCAGAUGUCUAAAAAAAAAAAUAAGAAUUCCAAUAGAGUCAUUUAGAAAAUAACUAUAUAACAGUAAAAAGAUAAAGACUAUGUUAAAAAGAUAAUGAUAUAGAUAUAUAUAUAUAUAUAAGAAAAUAUAUUUCAGUUAUUUAUUCAAAAAUAUUGGCAGAUUUACAAAUUGGUCUUUAUUAAAAGAGAAAUAAGUCAACUAUGUCUUGUCCAUGUUUACCUGGUUUGCUUCCCGUCCUUUCCUGCCCCUUAAAGAGAAUGUAUUUAACUCCCCUCCCUGCCUGUAAUAAACUAUGAAAGUAA